AAGGAUAGGAUUUCUAGAGUUGCACCGGCCACUCAUAUCCGAAACAGCGCAAAAUUAAUUUUUAGAAAUGGCGGCUGCUGUAUCAUCGUCAUCCUCCAUGGUGACCACCGCCGUUUUGGUCCCACGUUUUUCGGCCGCCAUUAGAACUUCCCGCUGCAGUGCCUUGCCACCCCUUCCCUCUCGCGUUUCCACAGUUUCCUUUUCAUCUUCCGUUAAGCUAAUUCCAGAAUCGAAGAGGUUUUCUCUGCUUCAGACAAAAGCCUCAGAGGAGACCUCAGUUGAUGCUGGGGAGCUUUUCACUGACUUGAAGGAAAAGUGGGAUAAAGUUGAGAACAAGUCAACAGUUAUUCUUUAUGGCGGUGGGGCAGUGGUUGCCGUUUGGCUAUCAUCCAUUCUUGUCGGUGCCAUUAACUCGGUCCCCUUGCUUCCGAAGAUAAUGGAGUUGGUAGGACUUGGAUACACGGGAUGGUUUGUCUACAAAUACCUUCUCUUCAAGUCAAGCAGGAAAGAACUGGCCACGGACAUUGAGACACUGAAGAGUAAGAUCGCUGGAACUGAAUAGAUGCACAACAAUGUCAUGUUCAUUUAUUUUCUAUUAUUAUGAUAUUUUUGGUCCUUUCUGUAAGGAUUGACUUGUAUGAAUCCUUGUCACCCUUUUAUUUUGUCUGUUCAUAGAUUGAUACCUUUUUCAGUUUGAUGUGUAUGACUAUAAUUUCUAUCUAUGAAUAUAUGUAUAUACCAUGUUAACGUCC